AUGAUCUACGAUAUUUUUUGUAAAUUUCAGAUUAUUUACGCACGCUUUGGAAAAGGAACACAUAUUAUGUUUUGUUGUAUUGCACUUUUUGCUAAUUCAAUAACAGUGAUGAUGAUUAUCUUAGCAGCUAAAGCCGCCAUUUAUGUUCUAGUGAAGGAUGUUUCGGAUGAAAUGAUUCUUCUGUUGUUGGCUUUUCUUUUUGGUUCUUAUUGUUUUAUCGGUGGACUUGGUACAGCCUUUUACAUAUCAUAUUUUAACACGGCUUUAACAUUCGUUAGUGUUCUAGUGUUUAUUGUACAUGUAACAUAUAAAGAAACUGAUAACAUUUUCGUAAUGAAGGAAAAUAUGUACGAGGCCAUGAAAUGUAUACACGGUCCUGAUGGUAAUUAUGAAAACUCAUUUAUGACAUUUAGAUCUCGAGGAGGUGUGAUAAUUGGAGUAGUUAUGUUUCUUAUGUCAACAUCGGUGGCUUUUGUAGACCAAGCAAACUGGCAAAGUCGAAUUGCCGCCAAGCCCUUCCAGGGUGUUGCAGGCUUUUUUAUUGCUGCCUACCUGUGGUUUGCUAUUCCAUUAACAAUUACCAUUACGUCAACUACAGUUUACAUGUCCAUGAGCUAUCAGAAUGGAACACAUCUGUUAAGUCCUUUGGAUAUAGAUUCAGGUAGGUGA